UUUCCUACAUAUGUCUUUGGCGACAAGCACGCGAGCAGCAGCCUCUCAAUUUACAUAUUCGGCGCCUCUUUCACUGCGACGUUGACCAAUCAGGACAGCUCAUGAGGCAAACCACGCCCGCGCGGCAACUCGUGUCGCGCGCUUUACUAUCACUCAGCAUUGUAGUGGCGGUGCUGCAGGCAAAGACAGUUAAUGUCCCCAACGCCGCGUUAACAACACUAAUAAGUCGAUUUUUCUGUAGUUUUAGUUGAAUGUAGGCGGCUUUGUGCGUUUGCGGAGGCUGGUGACAUGCUUAUUUGUCUUCAUAUGUGAAUAAGAAACGCUGAAUGCUGAGUUCACCGGCUUUAACUAACUCCUCCCGUGGCCAGGUUAUUGUCGGGGGACCCUGGGCUUUAAAGUUCUGCUAGCAGCAGCAUUAGCUCCGGAGCUCUGCUAUAAAGUUUGUCACAAUGGCAGCCUUGUGCCAGCAGCGACGUGCCUUAGUGGAAAUACCUGCUCCACAGCCUAAAAUAGCAGGUAAGUGUAAUAUAGGUCAGAUUUUCAUUAUUUGAGGGGGCAAAAUUGGUGUUUGCGGCGUCUUUGUGCGCGAGGCGCCUCUUUGCUAUUAUGCUUAGAGGCGCGCGACCCCAGGAUCAACAGGCAGUUGGUGUCGGUUAAUGUUUGUACCGACGGUCAACUGUUUCAGCUCACGUAAGGCGUUAAAAUCGUCCUUAAAGUUGGCGUAAACGACAAGAAAAUACCAACAUAAGCUGAAGGGACCUAACUAGUUGACUGUUUUGACUAAUUUGACUUUUUCUUAUUGAGCAGCUCGAAUGAGGAGGUCCUACCUGGAGAUUUUAAGUGCUCGUUUGGCACCAUCUCCACUUCCAAGAGGAAGACACACGACGACGAACACAAGGCGUGCACAAUCAUGUGAGUACAACAUGAAUCAGUGUUUUAUUCUGCCCACUGAGUUAGUGUGAAGUAGAUGUUAUAGAAAACACAACGUCUAUGAAAGCAACGUCUAUGUUUUCCUGACUUUAUGGUAUAAUACUCAUUUAAAUCCUACAUUUCUUCCAUGACAAAGUGUUUAUACAUUGUGUCACUGACUUAUGUUCUCACUAUCUUGCAGUGGACUUGUCUAUCGGUGGGGUGUGGAGUGGGAGGCUUGAGGAUCAGUGUGAGAAGAUGGAUGAGCAACCCACACCUCUUUCCAAACAGCAGCUUGUACAACUUAUCAGGUCCCUCAUCUUGGUUGAACAGGUAUUAACAUCACGAGAUGAGUAACAUGUGGUUUGACAUCAACUUUGAACUGUCCUCGUGUUGUGUUUCCAAUUAAAGGUGUUAAAUGGGAACUAAUUUUCUUUUUUGUGCCAGUUUUAAGAUUAUGUGGGCACUUGAGUUUAUCCAAAGCUCUAAAACGAAUUUGUUGUGUAGACUAACUCCUAACCCAACACCCAAAUGUAUUUUCUGGCGUGGAAAAAAAUAACACAAUUAUGAAUAACUGACCGAAUAAGAUAAUGUUGGGGACAGAUUCGUACUUUUAGGACUUAAAAAAGUACAAAAAGUGCAAAAAAGUACAGAUUGGUUAUUAGGAUACAUUUCCAAAAUUAGGACAAACACUUAAGAUUCUAGACCAAACUGUACCGAGCCAGACCUCUUGGUAGAAAUCAACUCAUUGACACUUUGUUUUCCCUGAUUAUGCCCCUGCUGCAACUUCUUGGGGAGGAUUAGAUGUGCAAGACUUUGCUACAAAGGUUGUAAUAGGGGUGUUAAAACUUAAAGAUAACCAUACUGUCGCAUUUGUUAAUUUCCUUUUUACUUUUAAACUCGAAUUUGUAAACAAAAUGUCAGACCAGUCUGGCGAUUUUUUUAUCAUAUGGCGUACCUGAAAGACUCUGCCAAGCUCUUUUGUAUAAGAGGAGCUGCUACAACUCUUUGCAUUGUAUUGUUUUUUGGUUAUUGGAUUUUCUAAAUCCGAAUAAUCUCCAGACAACUGAUAUCGCGACUUGCGUCCUUUUUCGGAACGAUUAUUGCUCAGUACCCUCACUAAUCUCCGCCAUGACCAUCGCCAGUGAAGCUGUUUCUUCUUCGUCUAAACUAUGCCAAGCAGUCUGCUGGACACACUGGUGAAUAUAUGGAAAUGCACCCAAACACCUACACUGCUCUCUCUCUCUCCGGUAUAAACGGUAUAGCAAAAUUUCUACCGGUAGACACUUUCAUACCGUCAUACUGCCCAUACAGCUCAAGAAAAAAUAUAAUUAAAUGCAUAUAUUUGUGUCUUUUCAUAAAGCUUGACUGUUGGCCCAUUAAUAACGCACCGAACACCCAAAAUCCAAAGCCUUUCCAGUGAAACUUUAUGGAAAACAUACUAAAGAAAAUGUCCCAUGAAUUGAAGAUGUGAUGUCUCCUUGUGUUAAAGAGUCAAGAACCGAGGAUUCUGGCUGCAGACCUGAAGUACCUCCAGGAAGACCUGCAGCUGAAGAAAACAAAUAUAUUCAGGUCAAUACCCUACUCCCGAUUCGGCUCAAACAGGGACGCUCACUGCUAUAGGAAGGCUUAUCCUCAUCUGGUGGCAUUCAAAGUGAGUAUCGAUGGGUUCCUGUAAUCCAGUGGUUCUCAAGUUCGGUCCUUGAGGCCCACUGUCCUGCAUGUUAUGGAUGUUUCCCUGCUCCAACACACCUGAUUCAAAUGAUCAGCUCGUUAUCAAGCUCUGUAAUGGCUUACUAACGAGCUAAUCAUUUGAAUCAGGUGUGUUGGAGCAGGGAAACAUCCAAAACAUGCAAAAACCACUGCUGUAAUCCUACCUACUUUUUACUUGCGUGAACAUGUGAAUGUUUGUCCUAGUUCUUUAAAAAUACAGAUGUUGACCCUCUGCUCUUCUCCCUGCUGUUGAAAAUAUUCUUAUCACAGGAUUUUUUGUCUUAAACUGAGUGUUUGAUUGCGCUGUCCUAAUCUGUUCCCUCCUUAACCUCCCUCCCAGGUCUCUUGUCAGGAGUGGGGCCAAGUCCUCCUGAGGAACAAAGAGUGGGACGCUGUGUUGGAGCACACGCUGAUGGCGUGGCGCUACACCAGCGAGUUGCCGCAGUGGGAUACGGCGAACCACAACGCUCUCCGAGAGCAGUGUUACAGCAUCCUGGCAGCGCACAGCCUCACUGCACUCCAGCACUACCAGCCCGAACCUAACAGAGGACGGGAGCUGCUCAGAAGGUACGACACAGGUUUGAUUUACAGAUUUCGCUGUUAAGGAGGCGUGCUUGAUUCUUGGUCCCGAUACAGAAUGUAAGAAACACUGUCGCUAAACUACACUCCAGUACAAGCGCUUUAGCGGCUGCUGAGUGUUUACCCAUUUUAAUCAGAUUACCGCAAUACUCAGCAAGGAUAUUACUGCCUUAACACCUCAUUUCAGUUGCUCAACAACAAAAAAAACGGUUGGUUUUGCUCAGACAAAAAGAAAUAGAAUGUGCCAUUCCUUCACGCAGGCAUCUGGAUACUCCGAGUGAACCAAACGGUGCACCAUAAACUCCUUUAUUGUUGCUUUUGAUUUUGUGACAGCCAUAAGAUGCUCACUGGAGGCUGAGUAAUAACCAGGUUCAUAAACAGGAAAGGUCAACUCAGGUGACUUUGGAGGUACUUUCCACCUUAGCAGGUCGCUUCUACCUCCCACUCAGCGCCUGGCUAUGAAGGCUCUCUGGGUCAGCGGUAUUGACAGUAAAAAGUCCCAAAUUUCAUGCAACAUUUAUCUCUUUGAUGAUAAACUUUGUAAACACUUUUCAUAGAGAGUUUUUAAACACCAUAUGCCACAUUUAUCGACGGGGAGUGGCUCUGAGAAAACAGCUGGACCUGAAAGCUGUCAGGAUGUGAGGUUUACUCACCAAGAGCAGAAGAAAUACACCUCUCUUUUGUUUGGUAAAAGAAUGAGAGGGAGUGUAAUCAAAUUUCACUUUCUGUAAAGGAAAGUUGGUUUUUAAAAAAAGGCAUAAGGAGGACUAAUGGUCGGAUUGAGAAAUAUUGGAUUUGAGUAAGUGUUGAAAUAACAAUGAAAACAAACACUUUUAGCCCGAUCACUUUUUUGAUUUUCAUGGGGUGAAACAGAUGCAUCAUAAAUAGGAACAUCACGAUUAUCAAUAUUUUCACGGUAUCGUUGAAAUAUGUUCAAAAUGUUUAAAAAGUACUUAUACAAGCCCUGAAAUCAUUUAACAAAGUUUUAUGUUGAAAAAACAAUCAAAAUAACACACAGAAUGAACUUUUCCUUAACCUUUAAUAACAGAGGAACGAUAAGCUUAAAAGAUUAAAGAUGGGGCCUUUAAUGAGCUAGAGGUAAUCAACACUAGUACUAGUAAUAAAGUACAAAGUAAUGUGCCAGAGGCAUAAACAUUAACAUCAUAACAAAUAAAUAAAAUCUAAAUAAAAUGACAUUCCUUAUUGUGCAAAUUGUAAGAAUCUUCAGUGCUCAAAAAGAUCUACUCUUACAAAUAUAAAACCGAGCAACACGACUAUAUGAAACAAUACAACCACAUGUAAACAAAUGUGUAGUUCAGGUGUUUGAAAUAACAUAAAAUAUGUAAACCAAUCAAAUGAACCACACUGAUUGUCCCUUUUCUUCUGCUGCUGACUUUGUUCACUACUUCAGAUUGAAAAGUAAAAAUGUCAGCAUAUUUACUUUCCUGGUUACAGUCGUGAUCUAUGAGGGGAAACGAUGUGUCCGCUGGCACUGAAUAGUCCCUCUGAUGGCACCCUGGUUGCUGGGAUGCACAAAAGUUUCCUGGCAAUCCUCGCAACCCUUUUGUAGAAGCCGAAAUAAACCCAGACUUCAGACUUUGUUUUCUUUGACAGCAGAAAAAUCUGCAACAUGGUCGGCAGAACUGCCCGCCGCCGUCUUUACAAGUUGCAUACAUGCGCCUGGUGCACCUGUGUCCGAAGGCCUGCUUUGUGCCGCCGCUCUUCUCAGCACUGAGCAGUAUCACUGUGAGCUUUUCCAGAGUGCGGCAAUCAAACACGGUUUUAACGGUAAUUAAAAUUUGAAAUGGUAGUACUAACCAUCAGACAGUUACCGCGGUUUAUCAUUUUACCGGUAAUCAUUACAUCCCCAAACAUAACACAAGCAACUUGCAGUGAAAUGACGAUCAAGUUUCAUAACUCGGCAUGUUUGGAAACAGCAGCCAACCAUUCUAUCACCAGGGGCCUCUCACUUUGGGUGCAGCAGGUCGCAGGGAUAGUCAUGAUAGACUGUCCGUUUAUAAUUUGUCUUAACUGACAUUGAAGCGUCAGAUUGCCAGCUUAGAUAUCCCGUGCAGCCCCGGAAUCCUACCAUAGUCCUGUCUGCCCUUUGGUUGAAUGUAAGUUCUCCCACCUUCUUGUCCUGGGUCACUUGGUGUCACUGGAAAUGUCCUGGGUGUUUUACUUGAGUUCACUGUGGUGUUAGCGUAGUAUAUUCAGUUGUUAUUUAAAACAUUGAAAAGUACCUCUCAAUCAAGUUAAUAAUCUUAAAACAUCUGGUGGUGGUUGAUCUCUUUUUGGGGCGACACAUGUAGCUGCUGCCCCAGAAAAUCCCACAUAGUUUACAAGGUUAUUCUGGUGAAACCUGUCCUAACAGAUGACUCUUUUGUUUCUGUCUCCAGGUUGAAGAUGGCUCAGUUUCACAGCCAGACAAUCGUGCCCUGCAUCCAGGAGCUGCAGAGGAUUACGGCAUGUGCUGAUGACUCCUCCAUGGACACAAAAUAACACAAGAAAAGUAUUUCUGCUGUAUCGCAGCGCUACAUGGAUUACCCAAAUGAUUUCUACAUGGUUGAAAGCCAAAAGUGUUCAGCACAAUGGUGCAAGUUUGGAGGGAUAUGGGAGUGGGUUUUCCAAAGAGCAGGGUAGAAACUGAAAACAAGAAGUUUGAGAUGAUGCAGCUUUUGAAAGACGAGGAAAUCCACCUUAAUGUGCCAGAAGGUACUGCUCAUGAGGGCUCGUAUUUGUUUCAUGGUGCCGCUUAGUAAGGAAAGACUCCUCAUUUUAGAGGAACAUACACUCCUAUUUUGUUACCUUGGUGCUGGAGAUAAAAAUGAAACUACUAUUUUUAAAUCGUUGAAAUUGAGCGUUGGGAUAUGCCUGUGAGAAAUGGCCUUAUUGUUGCUUUAAGAGGUUGCGUCUGCACAUAUGUCCUUGUUACAGCUCACAAUACUUGAAACUCUGGCCUCUGUCGUCUCUGACUGUAGUUGUAUUUUUUUAUGUGUUGUACGUCUUUAUAGAGAAUUGUCUGUCGCUGAUUGCACUGUAUCUGUUUGUCCUGAAAACUUGAAAAUUUUUGAUAAAAUAGACCCUAAAUCUCAAUAAAGUUGUUACUGUUUACUUGCUAAAGGUGUGGUCACAUUUUCUAGAGUGUCCUGUGUUUACAUUUUUAUUCCAGUACCCACAUUUGUUUACUCCAAAAGGAGAUCGUUGAAUCCUCUACAAGAAUAUCGCAAACUUGAUCUAUAGACUGUUGAGUGUGUGGAGUCUCUGGUAGACAAUGGGAUUAAUCGAGCAGUCAGUUACUUCUUUACGCCGCUAGAUGGAGCCCAAGCUGCGUUCAACUCCCACAUCCAGUGUCUCCAUCACUGGAGCCAGGCUAUGGACUCGAGUGGAGGAGCAAUGUUAAAACCACAGUGGAAACAGCUGUUGCCAUGGCGCUGCGCAGAGUGAAUAUUAAAUAAUUUUAAAACGCUAUUUAUGGUUCAAGACGAUCAGUGGGAGGCAGCUCUGGUGAGAGGCUGACAUGAAGGCUUCACACUGUGCAAAUUCUCAGUGAUGUUACUUGGUGAUUUUGCUAUUGUGUCCCAUAUAUAUAUAUAGACAUCUCUCAGGCGUUUUUGUCCUUAAAAGACCUUGAUCUUUUGAUACCCAUGCUGAUUUGUAUAGGAACCACGGUAAUUUUGUCAGCUUAAGUUUGUACAUUUCUUAGUCUUGAUGCAGUUUAAUAUAGCUAUGGCGAUGUGUGGCCCAAUUAUUUUGAGUACUUCUUGUUGCUUCUUAUUAUCUAAUGCCAUGAUAUUACAAAGAGACAGAGGAAAUAACAGUGGGAAAUACCUCUGUGUUUUCAUCCGAGCCACUGCAACAAAUUAGCUUUCAAAGCGCGCUCAGUUAGAGAAAAAAUACUGCAAACGCUAUUGACAUUUUUUUUUUUUUUUUACGACAACAUCCAAAUUACCGCUGCAAAUUGUCUUUUCCAUAACCGUUCAGUAGUGGAUCUCCGGGCUAUUAUCCGUAUGCCGUAACUACUCCCCCUCUUCUCUUCCUCUCACCUGAGAUUCAUGGAAAAUGUUUCUCAAAGUGGCAUCCAGAGAGGGUUUCCCGAACUGCUGGACAGUCAACCUCGCACUUAGAAAAAUCCGUAUCAGAUUUUGUAGUCGUACUCUUACCUGUUAUCUUUGCAGUGUAGAAGAAGCAUCCCUCUAUAGAGGAUCUCUGAGGUUCAAACAUCCCUAUUAUGACGCAAUUGAUGCAUCACAGCUCUCUUGUGUCUAUAAUCAUCUAUAAUACCAAGAACAGAGAGCUGUAAAUACUGUUUUCUAUUCUUUACUCGGAAAAGAACAAAUAGAGUUUCAUUCGGCUUAUCUAGGCUCACCAAUCGUGUUUGUCGCCGAUGCCACUGGAGGACAGUCAAGGAGAAGGUGUCAGGAUAUUUCACUCGUUAUCUCCAGGCUGAUUCAUAGGAGAUCUAGGAGAAAUGUUUAGUAGAUGAUGGACUAAAACCAAACUUAAUGGUUCGGUUUGGAGAUUUUUUUGAGUUUACGGCCAAUCCAGUGAUAGAUCCUCGAUCUGAGUCAACUCAAUGUCAAAGUAUAAAUACCAAGAGCUAUUCAGGAAAAAAGAGGGACUAACAAUCUACUAUCUCCUUGAUCCUGCCGUUGAGUAAGUGUUGAGUUGAUCAAGUUUCAUCACAAUGCCGCACAACUCCUUUAGACAACGUGCAAUCAAUCAUCACUUGACUUUGUACUCCACAUUCAAGUGAUGAUUUCCGAAAUCUUCCCUCAGGGAUUGCAAAUGUAAUCAGCCGACUCUCCAUCAGCUGCACAAUGGGACACUCCAACCAAUCUUCCUUUUAAGCCUUAUCUCAAUUAUCUUUCAUAGUGUCAAACAUGUUUGCGCUGAUAAAAUGUACCUUCUUUUUUGCAAUCGGCUAAUUUCUAAUGAUUUAGCGCAGUGGUUUUGGUUGAGAGCAGCUGGGGUUCUUUUACUGACAGAAGAGCAAAUGAGUUUGUUUGGUGGGGAAAGGUUAAGAGAAAAAAAAUCAAGCUGGAGUCUUUGGUUUAGUGUCGUUUUUACAAAGUGAUCCAGCCUUGUGUUAAAAGUGUUUUUUGUUUUUUUUUUUGUCUUCCUUUUAAGACCCCGCACAGCCAGAGAGAAGCACAGACAAAAUUGUUGAGAAAAGAUGAGGGAUUACAUGGAACAAAGGUCCCGAGUUUACUUGAACUCUCGGUUUGCACUCUCGUCCACUGAAAAACCGUUUUCUUCUCCUGAAUCUAAAUUGCUGCAGGAUUUGACCGAGGGAAGAGUUUCAGGUGAAGGAAUUAUGAUUUAAACCCAAAAAAGGGUCAUGAUGUCACCCUCUCUCUUCCAUCUGCCUCAUCAAAAAUCCAGGUUACUUUGCAGAAAUUGAAGGCGGUUGCACUUUCCAAGCUCAAGGACUGAGGUAUUUACGAGACUUGUACACUAAAAGUAUUAAAAUGUGUUUGACUGCCGACAAAGAGGGGAGCUUUGUUCAGCGGGAGAUGUUUCAGAGAGAAUAAAUGACCACCUAAUGGCACUGUCAAAACUAAUUAUGUCAAGCUUUUUUAGAUGGCACCAAAAUAUUUAACUCCUGGUCUCUCGACUGCAGAUGUUUGAAAUGCAGGUUGAUUCUGUGAACCCCUCAGGUCAAUUGAAGCAGGUGCUCAUGAAUAAAAAAGGUGUUAAAUAUGCGUGAAGUUAUUAAUUACAAGUCUGGUAUUUUUUACAAGGUGCUGCUGUAUUUUGGCCGAGCUGCCGAUAUAUUCAUUCCUCAUCUGCUUUUGCUCGCUGGCGUUUUUCCUCAACUAACGCGCCCCCGAGUGACCUGGCAGGUGAAACAUCCCCAUGCAAAACAGCCACAACAGUUGCUCUGAGGUUUCAGCGGUGCAUCAUUUAUAACUCUCAUUCAUUUUUAAUGCUUUGUGUUUAUUUGCAUACUAUUCAGGGCUGGUCAGCGAGGAGGGGUUAGUUUUCGCGACUGUAGCUAAGAUUAGUAGCUGAGUAUGCAAACGAAGUGUACUGCUUAACAGGCACUUUAAUCAACACCAGAUUCAACUCUAAGCAAAAGCAUUUUUUUUAACCUUCAACUACAAAAGUCAAGGGUGCAAAUGCAUUUGGUUCCAGGGUUGCAGAGCUUGCACAAAUCAUGUGGUCUUAUUUUGCAACAAUCACCCAUAAGUGAGCGCCUUAAAAGUGAGCUGCAUCCACUACUCCAAUGCAACCAGUGUGCUAUUAUAAAGUGCAGUGAGUGGUGACAGUAUUUUAAAGCUAAAGCUUAAUCUAAUACUGCGUUCAAGUUACUUCGGAAGUCAGAUGUCACACCCGAGAGCUGAAAUGACAUCACACCCGAGUUACCAGCGUUUAGUUACCAAAUUGGGAAAAAGUUAAAUCGGAGGUGGAAACACGAUGGGUACAUCUGCAAAAGUAAUUUUAGUGCUUGCCAUAUCCGAAUAUAACAAAGAAAAUGCAAGCGCUAAAACAACUCUCGUAGAUGUAGCCAUCUUGUUUCUGAUUUGGGUUUUUUCCGACUUGGUAACCGAACCGCUGGUAACUCGGGUGUGACGUCAUUUUCAUCUCUGACAUCUGACUCGAACCCAACAUUAGACAUGUGCCAUCACGGCUGCCACCAUCACCCUCUACCCAUGACCUGACAAAGUAACCUUGAACAUUAGCCCUCAUUUAUUUUGUAUUGCAAGAGGACACUUCACUGCAUGCAUGCAGACAAAUGACUCUUCAAUUCAAGGCAGUGCACCAUAGGAGGUGGCUUGCUUGAAAAAACCUGCUAAAUAUACCUGGUUUGUGUCGUCUGACAAGAGCUCACAUCUAAUCACGCCCUUAUAUUGAUUUUACGGGUAAUUCACUCAUACAAAGCUAACCCCACCCCGGGCAGGGCCACC